AUGUUGCGACGGGUUGCUCUGAUCGCCGCUUCUGGCCUCAUCAAUCUAUGCCUGGGCGACUUCCACGUCCUCACUGCAAGUAUCGGCACUGGCUCAGGAGGCAGCGAUCAACAAUUGGCCUGUCCUUCCAACUAUUGGAACUGCAAUUGCAUGUUCCAUAACGACCGUACCGGCUACGUCGAUUCCGGAAACGCAGACGCAAGCACCGGGAGCACCUUUUUUCAGAUCUCGGCAGGCCUCUGCGGACUGGGCGAGAUGAAUUUCUACCGGAACGGCGACGCUUGGGACUACUAUCUUGCUGGUGGCGAUGGGAGCAAGAUUGGAAGCUGCUAUUCGAACUCGGCGUCUAAGACUUGUUAUAUUCCCGUACUUGGCCUUGGUAGUGGGGAGGAUUUGCUCGUGUGUUAUGGUUAUCCCUGCAAUUAA